UUGCGUCUGAAAUUGAUAGGUGAAAAUUAUCCAACCAUAUUUUCAGCAUUUGUUAUUUGGAUGAGCAACACUACCAUGAAGUAAAUUUGCGAGAGGGAGUUCAUAACCUCAUAUGUUUUGACGUCAGCUUGUUAUUAGAGCCUCUUGUUCAGAAAUUGUAUCCUUAUUUCAUAUCAUGGAGAAUAAGAGAGUAGCUAUUAUUGGAGCUGGAAUCAGUGGACUUCUUGCAUGCAAAUACACAUUAGAAAAAGGCUUUAUUCCUAUAGUUUUUGAAGCUUCAAAUGAAAUUGGAGGAGUUUGGACUCAAACAAUUGAAUCAACUAGGCUACAAAGUCCAAAGAGAACAUUUGAAUUCACUGAUUUUCCUUGGCCUUCUUCAGUUAGAGGAAGAUAUCCUCAUAAUACUGAUGUUUUGAAGUAUAUUGAGGCUUAUGCUCAACAUUUUGAGUUGCUUCCUUAUAUUCAGUUGAAUACAAAAGUCAUUGGGAUAGAUUAUGUUGGAGUUUCUGAUGAAGAAAUGGAUUCUUGGAAUUUUUGGAGUGGAAAUGGGAAACCCUUUGGCUCUAAGGGGAAAUGGCAUAUUUUGGUGCAACAUGCUGAGGACUUCACCACUCAGGAUUAUGAAGUAGAAUUUUUGAUUCUAUGUGUUGGGAGAUAUAGUGGUCUACCAAAUAUACCAGAGUUCCCUAUAGGUGAAGGGCCUGAUGUUUUUUCUGGGACAGUAAUACAUUCUAUGGAGUAUUCAGCUAUGGACAAUGAAAGUGCUAGAGAGUUAAUUAAAGGGAAAAGAAUUGCAGUUAUUGGCUCUCAGAAAUCAGCUAUAGAUAUUGCUGCUGAAUGUGCUGCUGCUAAUGGUCCUGGAAAUCCUUGUACAUUGGUUCAAAGGACAAUAGCAUGGGCUCUUCCGAAUGGUUGCUUUUGGUGGGGAAUUAAUCUUGGAUUUCUAUAUGGUAGUCGCUUUUCAGAACUCUUGGUUCACAAGCCUGGUCAGAACAUCAUUUACAGUGCCUUGGCCACCGUGCUUUCCCCUCUGAGAUGGGGUUUUUCAAAAUUUGUGGAGAGCUAUCUUAGGUGGAAUCUUCCAUUGAAGAAGUACAACAUGGUACCAAAACAAAGCUUUCUUCAGGAUAUGUCUUCUUGCAAAGCAUUCUUAUUACCUGAUAAUUUCUAUGGAAAAGUGGAAGAAGGAAGCAUUAUUCUUAAGCAAACACAGUGUUUCUCUUUUUGCAAACAAGGAUUGAUUAUUGAUGGAGAAGUUGAUGAGCCUAUAAAAGCUGACCUUGUUAUAUUUGCUACUGGAUAUAAAGGUCAAGAGAAGCUGAAGAAUAUGUUUGCCUCAAAAAGUUUUCAAAACUAUAUCAUGGGCUCACCUAAAUCAAUUGUUCCUCUUUACAGGCACAUAAUUCAUCCAAGAAUACCACAACUAGCAAUAAUAGGAUACUCAGGGAGCAUUACAAAUCUUCACACAUCUGAGAUGAGGUGUCAAUGGCUAGCACAUUUUCUUGACCAAAGUUUCAAGUUGCCAAGCAUAAAAGAGAUGGAAAAAGAGAUUGAAAUGUGGGAAAUUUACAUGAAAAAAUAUGCAGGGAAAGAGUAUAAAAGAGCUUGCAUUGCAGCUUUACAUAUUUGGUACAAUGAUCAAUUGUGCAAAGACAUUCGGUGCAACAAUAGAAGAAAGAAGAGUUUCUAUGAUGAGUGGUUUCAGCCAUAUGUGCAGUCUGAUUAUGUUGGAUUAAGUCCUAAUUAAUCAGUCUUAUUUGGAGAAUUGGAGAUUCUUUUAUAUGUAUAAUUGCCCAAUAUGUUUGGACGGUGUUAUUUUCUUUCUUUUUUACCCAGUAUUGGUCUUUCAGAUUGGAUUGUUUUCUUGUCAUAUUAUGAAAUAGAAAAGUUUACAGCUUAUCUUA